UCCAUUGUGGCCAACCGCAGUGCAACUAACAACGUCAUUCGGCUUGUCGCUCGUGUGCGAGUUUCGGCAGUGCCUGUUUCGGAGAGGUGCGGGCUCCGUGCUGAAUAACGGCGAGAAGAGUGCGCCAACUGUCUCACAUUUGUGUGCCGCUGGCCGUGCAGCGCAAGUUUGGUUGCAAUACCUAACUGGAUAAAGGAAAGCUGUAGAAAACAACGGUCGCUUGGCCAAGUGGCAGCGACGUGAUGGGCCAGCGGGGUCCUGCGAUGUUGUGUAACCUUACCGCGUCGACAUCGAGUGCCGACGCCACACCAACUCCGACAAGGAGGGUCCAGUGAUGCGCUGCUGGCUGGGGCCAGGCUGCUGUGCGCUGGAUCCCCCGACGCGGUCCUCGUGCCAGGCGCUGCGUCAUGCGGUGGCCACCCUCACCCGCCUGGAUGACUUCACCUCAGAGAAGAUUGGCUCUGGCUUUUUCUCCGAGGUGUACAAGGUGACGCACCGCACCACGGGCCAGGUGUGCGUGCUCAAGAUGAACACGUCGAGCAGCAACCGGCCCAACAUGCUGCGCGAGGUGCAGCUGCUCAACCGGCUGUCUCACCGGAAUAUCCUGCGCUUCCUGGGUGUCUGUGUGCACCAGGGCCAGCUGCACGCCCUCACCGAGUACAUCAAUGGCGGCAGCCUCGAGCAGCUCAUACAGCGCAGGUCAGAGCCCCUGUCGUGGGAGCUGCGUAUGCGGCUGGCGUUGGACAUAGCGCGAGGCAUGGCAUACCUGCACUCACGGGGCGUCUUCCACCGGGACCUGACCUCCAAGAACGUGCUCAUCAAACGUCACCAGGAGGAAGAGGGUGCGCCCCCCACCCUGACGGCUGUGGUGGGGGAUUUGGGGCUGGCUGAACGCAUCCCGGUGUCAGGCUGUCGUGACUUCCGGCUACCUGUGGUCGGCUCCCCUUACUGGAUGGCACCCGAGUGCCUGCACGGUGCCUGGUACGACCAACGUGCAGACGUCUUCUCAUACGGCAUCAUCCUGUGUGAGGUGAUUGUGCGACUGGAGGCAGACCCCGACGUGCUUCCUCGGACGGCUGACUUUGGCGUUGACCGGCUGGCACUGCGCCGACUUUGCCCGGAUGACUGCCCGCCGGCCUUCCUGCGUCUCGCACUGGCCUGCUGCCAGGUGGAGCCCGCUGCACGGCCCACCUUCCAGGGUGUCGUGGAGCAGCUGGAGGCCAUGUUGUCUGGGGAUGUGGUGGACGCCGACUCGCCUGUCUCGGACGCCACCGACGACAGUAUUGGCAGCGUCCAGGCCAUCUUUGGGCCGGAGCAGGCAUGCUGUAGCACGGCCAACCCAUUUGCACACCGGUUCAAGGAUGGCCGCAAGAUCCUUGAGGAGGACUCUAGUCACCAGUGACGAUGAUGAGGCACCAAUGUGAAACAGGUGGCCCACUCUGCUGCCCUCCGCCGGAGCUCGCCCAACACCGUCCAGCCCAGGACUAUUUAUUACGUACUGCAUCAGUGACUGUGGCAACAAGGAACUGGAAGCGUACAAAACUAUGGACACGUGCAUAGUGUGCGGCACUCGCACACAGAAAGAAAAAUUGCGUGUGCAGUCCUCCCCGCCAGAUCCCGCUUUUUCUUGGAAGAGGAAGUGUGCACAGCCCAAUCCCUUUUUUUUUUUUUUUUUUUUCUGGGUACUGCCCUUGGAUUGCUCCCCAACUUGUUGGUGAAUGUUUUCUGUUUUCUUUUCCACUCCUGUUUUCUCGCCAUUUGUGAGUCGCAGGUACAGUGCAGCCUCACAGUUUUUCUCAGCUCGUCUAGGAUUGACAGUACCUCUCUCACCUCACUGUUUUUGUCUUCGUGCGGUGUCGUGGGUUGUACGAUGCCGUGUGGUAUAAAACACCAGCUGGUACACACACUGCUUCCCUUUCUUUGUUUUCUGAUGCAGGACUGCAUGGUCCAGGCCAAUUCGGCACACUAUGAAAGAUGCCAGUGUCCUUGUUGUAGGCAACUGACAGCCGCAGUUGCACAGACUUCCUUGCCUUCCUGCCAUUGCUGCUGUCAGAGUACAGGGUUGCUCAUAUUGUAAGGCUUUCAAGAGGGGAGCAUUCAUUGCAGCUUUUGCACUGCAGGUGACGGACAUUAAGUAUUUAAUUUGUAGUUGGAACUUCAAAAGAAGCCUUGGCAGACCUUUUGCAGACUCUUAAAGCGCAAGAACUUUUGGGCUUGUCGGUCUAACUAUUAGGGCCAUUGUGCUUAAGCAAACACCGAAAGCCGCCCUUGCCCAUUUAUGUCUGCGUCGCUUAAGUGCUGUUGUCCCAGCCUUAGUGCACACGCACCAAGAAUACUGUCAGGUGUUGAGUGAAACAUCAAAGGUCUGCAAGAAUAUCCAAGUGGAGCAUUUAAACUCAGUGCUGUGUCUGCUCUCUUGUCCGUCCCGUGUUUUUGCACUGCAUGUCAAGCCUGCAGAAUUUUCAAUGACUCGCAUACCUUGACAAGGCGGUCUGUAAACAGCCGUGGUGCCCACCCACUAGAUUAAUUACAACCUUGGUAGUUACGGACCUUGAGAUUUUACCAGACAAUCUAAGGCUAAACCAUCUGCAAAGUUUCUGACUAUCUUGUGCAUGUGAGAAUUCCUUGUAAAAAUGUUUGUGGGCGUAGCCUUCACUGACGCCCAAAAGUCAGAACCACCUGAGCAUCCUGGAUGGCAAAGUGUGGAUGAGCUCUUGGCAGCUGUAAACAAGUAAUUUUUUUUUCUCACAAGGACUUUGACCACAAGUCGUAAUUUAUCCACUGUGCUUAUGCCUUUCCUACUGUGCAUUUUUAAAUCUUGUUUGUUUUAACAUGAAUUCAUACCUCUUU